UCUCGCUACCUAGCAUCAUGAAGGCGGCUUGGGGAGCCCCGUUUAACGAGCGGAGAUAUUUUUAUUGUGUGUAAUAAUAAUAAUACACAUUUCACAACAGUUUAUGAAACUGGACACCAAGAUUAACUAAACAUUUCGCCCUGCAGAAUGUCCAAGAUCAGGCGGAAGGUGACAGUGGAAAACUCGAAGACCAUAUCAGAGAGCAGCAGCAGUACGAACACUCCAUCCCGCAGGCCCAGCGUCUUCGAGAGACUCGGACCCAGCACGGGCAGUAAUGCCACAGAGACCCAGUGUAGAAAUUGGUUGAAGACAGGAAACUGCAGUUACGGCAACACUUGUCGCUACACGCAUGGAACUCCGGCAAGAGGCAAGAAUUUUUCUGGAGGAUUCAGCAGGUCAUCUGAGAGGCCCACUGGUGAUCUCCGGGAGAGGAUGAAAAAUAAGAGACAGGAUGUAGAUGCAGACACUCAGAAAAGAGACCAAGACGAACCUACUUCACCCACAACUAGACAGAGAGAUUCAUCCCGAAGCAGACACAGAGAGAAAGAGGAUAUAAAGAUUACUAAAGAGCGAACGCCAGGCAGCGAAGAGGAAGCAGCAGAGUGGGAGGCCAACCGUGAAGACUCUGAUAACGGUGACUACGAUUACGAGUUAUCCCUGGAAAUGAAGAGGCAGAAGAUCCAGAACGAGCUGAUGAAGCUUGAGCAGGAGAACAUGGAAAAACGGGACGAGCUACUCAUUAAAAAGGAAUCAGUGACCAAGGCCAGGACCAGCAGCUCUUCUAAAGAUAAGGGGUCUCCCGAUCACACCAGUUUGAAGAAUUCGCCCCUGUCCCGCAAGUCCAGCGGCUCCCCUAAAAGAAAACCCAGCGGUUCUCCUAAACGCAAGUCCAUUGGGAAAGUCAGCAGCUCUGGCAAGAAGGAGAAGAAAUCAUCCUCUUCGUCAGUCAUCUCCUCCCCAGUGGUAGAGCAGAGCAGAACAGAGGAUACUGAGAGCAGAUCGUCCAAGAGUGGACACAGCAAAAAGAAAGGGCCGCGCACGCCCAGCCCCCCUCCUCCUGUGCCCUUGGACCUGCCAGUAGGAGGCAAAAAGCACAAGGGCAAGCACAAGAACAAGGAGAAGAGUGAAGACAAGCAGAAAGAGACCAAGGAGCGGGGCAGGGACAUCGAUAAGCACAAGGAGAAGAAAGAGAAGCGCAGGGACCGCUCUGACAGCUCCCACAAGGCUAAGCGAUCGGUGACAUCAGAGGAACGUUCUGGAAGUGUGUCGUCUCCUGGGAGAGAGGUGUCUCCCCAGACCAGGAGGAAGUCCUCAUCCCCCAAACCUGUCAGCCAAAAACAAAGCUCACCACAGAGGUCUCGUACCCCACCGCGUAACCACCGGAGCCCAUCUCCAACAACCCGCCCUCACCACUCUCCCUCAUCUCAUUCCGGAUCUUCGCACCAGCGCCACUCUCCGUCUCCUCGCCGACGUCGUGGCUCCGCCUCACCGUCCUACCAACGAGACCUGCUCCCCCCCUUGUCAUCCUCACCUACAGCGGCUCAGGCCUCACGCCGCUCACGUUCCCGUUCGCCUUCCACACCGCAACGGUCGAGCCCCGCCUCCCGCCAUCACUCGCAGGGCCGGGAGCGGGAAAAAGAGAGAGGACGUGGGGAGAGGGAAAGAACCCCCACACACGACAGGCGCCAUGAACGGCGAGAUGAAAGUCGUGGAAAGCGUGAUAAAGACAGCGGACGGGAUGAUCGCAGCUACGAGACCGAUCAGACCUCCUCGCGUGAAGACCGCGAGACACGAGAGAACCGAGACCGCCGCUUCGACCGGGACCGACGAGACACGCGCGAUGAUCGCCAGCACCGCAGCAGUGACGCCAAGGACGUGCGCGACACCAGAGACCGGACCGGCAGGGACUCGAUGGAACAGAGAGAGCGAGAUCGGGACAGGGAGAGGGAGCGAGAAAGAGAGAGGGAGAGGGAAAGGAAUGAUGCUCACAGGAAAGGUGAUACAUCGGUGCAGGAAGAGAGAAAUUACGGAAGAGGACAUGGUAGAGAAGAGGGGAGGAGCGAGGGCAGGGCAGACAACAGGAACGAAUCUCGAGCAGAGAGGAUGGGACGAGGGAGGGGACGUGCAUCGGACAACCCCGAGAAGGGAUCGGCUCGUGGGUCUCGUACAUCGCAGGCAGACACCGGCGGCCAUGAUGGAUGGGAGUCUCGUAGCAGCGGCCUAAGGGAGAGAAGCUCAGAGAGAAACACGGAGAGGGCGACAGAACGAGAUCGCUAUGACGGUGACAGGCAGCGUGGUGAGCAGACCCGAGAUUCGUCUUACGACCGGCGUGGUAGUCAGGCAGACAGGGAUCGCCGUGACCACAGGGACAGAGCAGAUCAAAGAGCGCCUUCACCAAGUCGCCACCAGGGCCGUAGUGAGGACGCGGAGCGUGACGAAAGGAGGGACGACAGGAGAAGUGACAGAGGAGAGGACAGACGGGAGGACAGGGGCCGCGAGCGAGAUGUCCGCGAGCGAGACCGAGAAAGGGACAGGGAGAGAGAGAGGGAGCGGGAAAGAGAGAAAGAGAGGGAGAGAGAGGCCGAGAGGGAGAGGGAAAGAGUCAGGGAGAGAGAGCGUGAGAGAGAACGGGAGCGAGAGAGGGAACGAGAGCGGGAGGAGCGCGAGAGGGAGCGAGAACGAGAGGAACGUGAGCGGGAGAGGGAAAGAGAACGAGAGAGAGAGGAGCGGGAGAGGGAAAGAGAGAGGGAACGAGAGAGAGAGGAGCGGGAACGGGAGAGGAAGGAGAGGGAACGGGAGAGAGAGCUGAGAGAGAGGGAGAGGCAGAGAGAAUGGGAGGAGAGAGAGAAAGGCAGGGAGGAGAGGCGGGACAGAAGAGAGGAGGUACGAGAUGAACGCUCCGUCAGAGACACUCAUGAAGAGCGUAAGAACGCUGGGCGCAAGAGGCACCGCGUGGAGAACACGCCCAGCCCCCGGCCCUCCCCUAAAAAAGUGCGCGAAGGGAGCCCUGCAGACAGUGACGGCUACAACAGUACAGAGGAGAAAGGUGAUAAACACAGACUCUUGAGUCAGGUUGUCCGUCCUCAGGAGCCAAGCCGUUCGCCUCCUCGCGCAUCCGUCGAAGACAAGUCCUCACGCUGGAGGGACAAUGAACGUCGCGGCGACAAGAAGGAUGUGCGCGGUCGGCACGAAGAAGCAGAGCCUCGUGCUGAUCGAGGCACGAUUCGGGGGAUGGAGCGCCGUGGGGAUCAUCCUUCAGAGAGUUCUGUAAACACGCCAGCAUCUGAGUCUCGAAGGGGUAAAGAGCAGAAAGAUGCCAUCACGCCACCUGCCCCCUCAGCUGCCGUCCCCGAGGUACGAGAGCCUGUACCGCUCAGCCACGAGGAGGGCAAGAAGAAAACAAAGUCUGUAAAAAAGAACCUGAAGAAAAACAGGAAAGAAGACGAGGGCAGCACUGGUGGAGAUCGAUUUAACCCCGAGCCCCCGGCCCCUUCUGUUUCCUCAGUGCCCCCUGAAGCACCACGCCCACUUCUCUCACCCCCUAAAAUGGGCAAAAAGAAGUCUCUGGAGAGGAGGCGGAAGCGUUCCCGAGGUGCUGAGUCUGACCAAUCGGAGGAUGAGCAACCGAUCAGCAAGAGACGCCGCGGUCCUCAGACACCUCCUCCGAUCAACAAAGAGGACUUGCCUUCCCAGCGAGCGCUGAUGUCUGGUCAUGCUGCGGUGGCGGCGGCAGCAGCGCCGCUCAAAAUGGACACUAACUUCAGUGACUGGUCCGACGAGGAGGUCCCGGAGCGCACCGAAGCUUCAUCAGAGCGAGCUCCUGAGCGCCUGCUGCCCCGCCGGAACCCACCUCUAGCUCCGCUGCUCCCCGAUCCUCCCAUGGUGAUGCACGCCCUUCCGCUGCAGCCGCUGCUUCCGCAGCACAUGUUGCGCAAGCCACAGCAGGCCGAUCAAAGGCAGCAACGCAGUAGCAGCAUGGGUAGUAACCCUAGUCGGGCAGCGUCGCGCCGGCUCCGUUCGCCCUCCAACGACUCGGCCCACCGCACGGAGGACAGUCAGCCGGGGCCGCGGUCACGUAGAGCACGCGGACAGGGCGCUAAUUCCCGCGACCGUGACAGAGAGCGGGACAGGGAGAGAGAAAGGGAACGAGAGAGGGAAAGGGUGGCAGCCACCGAACCCAUCGGAGUAAGGGAGGAGAGGAAGUCGAGGAUCGACCAAUUGAGGAGAGGAGAGCCGAGUCGCAGCACUUCAUCAGACCGACAGGACUCGCGUAGUCACAGCUCUAGACGCAGCUCUCCGGAGUCCGAGCGGCAAGGACGCUCUCGCGCCGGCUCACACGACAGCCGCGAGCGUGACCGGGACCGCGAGCGCGAACAGUUCGACCGCGACAGGAAGGAGUACCGACAGCCACCAAACCAGCCACCGCUAUCACAGCAGCGCGACUGGGAGCCAGAGCCCCGAGUGCCAGAGUGGGGAGGUCGAGGCCGUGAGCCCCUCCUACUCCGCCCCAAUCGGGAGCCGAUCAGAGAGCGUGAUUUGCGCGAGAUGCGCGAAAGAGAAAGACUUCUGCCUGAGGGACUGCUCCCACACGAACGCAUAGACCGCGACAGGGAGCGAGAGCGGGACAGAGACCGAGGAGAACGAGAGCGCAUGCUGCCCUUCGAGCUCCCGCUGUUAGGGGAACCCAAGAGCCGAGCGGAGAUGCGGAUGGAGCGGGGAGACUACGAGCCCCUGCUGCCUCGAGAAGCCCAUGUGGACAUGGACAAACCCAGCGCUACAGACGAGCCGCAUGUACCGAUUGAAUCCUGUGAGACCGAGAAGAUAGACAGCCUUGAUGAGGAUGAAGGGAAGGGUGAGGACGCUCAGUCAGUGGUGUCAGGUGGGGAGGAAUACGAGCCCAUCAGCGACGACGAGCUGGAUGAGAUCUUGGCCGACAGCCAGAAAAGAGACGAUCAGCAAGAUGAGGAGAAAGUCCCAGGACCCUUGGACGUGAUCGAUGUAGACUGGUCUAGCCUGAUGCCCAAGCAGAAACAGGAAACUCGGGCACCAGGAGCUGCGCUGCUUAGAUUUACACCCGGAGCCAUGCUGUUGCGCGCGGGUGUCUCUCGCCGUCUGGCCGGUCCUCAGCUCCUUGCGCGUGUUAAAGAUGUCUGUGUUAAAGAGCUGGAGGAUCCUAAAGAUGCGGAAAAGCUGUUCGAGCACGACCUUGGAGCGCUGAACAUGGCUGCCCUGAACAGGAGGACGGAGAGAGCGAACCUGCUGAGAAACCUGGGGCCAUGUGGCAAGGCUCUCUGUGCACGCCGAGACAUCGCCAUCCGUAGGCAACUCCUCAAAAACGACAAGGGGACGACAAAGCAGAUCUACACCAGCGCUCCAGUGGUGGACCAAGAACUGCUGCAGCUCAGUGUACGUCUCUUCAAGAAGAAAAUGGCUGCUGGGCAGGAAAAAGCCGACUCGGCGUCCGCGGCUAAUAAUAAUAAUACUACCCCAGCUGAGGUGUGUGUGUCUUGAGACGCCUCAGUGAGUAAAGUGUGUGCACACUGAUCACCCGGACUUGACCGUCUCGUGCUGCAAAACACUGAAACUGUUUGUGAGUCAGUGAUAACGGAAUAUUAAGCGCCGCUACACAGGACCAUAGAGACUGGAGGAACACUAGCCUAUGAAGAUACUGUAGAAAUUACGAAAGCCAACGAACUUUCUAAGUGUGGCAGAGAACUUUUGAUGAGAACUGGCCUGGUAACGUUUUAGAAAAACUUUUUUUCUUUCUUUUUUUCCCUGCAUUUAUACCAGAGUUGCUUUUUGUGUUUUGUUUGAUGUACUACGUAUUAGAGUUGUGCAUUAAAAUAAUCUUUGUCA